AUGUCCCUCCCAAGCGAGGUCAGCUCGCAUACUAACCCUGCGAAAAAUGACAUCCACGUCACUGCGGUCACUACAACUUCUCCACAACAUCUUGCACGAGAAACAGAAAACACCGAGCGACGCAGUACCACCAAGUACGUUCUCCUGUGUUGUCUUGACGCCGUUAUCAAUGGCGUCGUCGUCGCUCCUCUUGUCGUGGCCUACUUCAGUGGAACCUGGAAUCUUCUCGACAUUUACCUUAUACCAGAGAACUUCAGCUGGAGUGCUGUGGCGUCACUUUUGAUCGGGAUUGCCCUCACGCUUCUUAUAAACUUGCUCCAGGGCGUGUUGGGAUCCCUGUUCGCUGAACGAAGUGUCGUCUUCCACAUCGUGUACAGGCUGUACAUCUAUAUCUACGGCUUCGCGGCGAUAAACCAGUUCAGAGGACUCUGGUACUUGCUGGACGACCUGACAGGAGAGACCAUCCUCGGGGCAGCCGUUUGUGUAGGAGUGUCCCUCUUGGUCUCCGCCCCACUUCGUGUUAUGAACAACAUUGCUGCGUCUCCGAUGAUCACCAAUGUCGACAUCCGUAGUGAAGAACCGUUUCGUGUGGACACCCGCUUCGGAGUAAAACCGGCCAAGACGUGGAAGUUCGUCGGUGACGUGGUCCUGACCGUGGUUGUUGUUAUUUCCCUGGUCAUACUCGCCUGGCGUGGAACCUGGCAACUGUUCGACUUUCUCAUUUUCCCGUCGGACUUCAUUCGCUCUACUUGGACCUCCCUAGGCAUCGGAUACGCCAUCUACAUAACUCUCUUUGUCUUAGAAUACCCUACGUCUUGUCUUAUAAGAAAAGUCAAGACGUUUUACCUCGGUCUGGGAGUUGAGAUGAUGUUUAGUUUCGUGGGUGGAGUCGGGAGUGUGGCGGUGUGGCGCGGGUUGUGGUAUGUGUACGAACUUUACGUCUUUCCCGACGAUUUCGUCGCAAGUGCCUGGCUGACUCACGGGGUUGGUGCCGCAGGUUUGUUCGUCAUACUGGCGGGACGAAGCGCGCUGGUGACCCCAUCAGACGUGGACGGGGAGGCCCGGGACGGCAGCGGUGUCGAGCUGGGCCGCUACCUCGAGCAGAUCUGCCCCAAACUGAUACAGAAGUUCGUCUCCAACAAAUCUUCCAGUCCUGGGGCAGCUCCAAGUCCUGAUGAUGUCAAAUUCGAAGAAACUUGCCUAUAG